UUCCUUGAAAGGCAAUCUCGACAAUUCGGGCGCCAGGUGGAUUUUGUUUGGAUUUUGUGGUCGAUUGCUCCAUUUCAAUGUAUAGAUUGAGCUUCUAAGCUAUUUUAAUCAUUUUAUUCAGAAUGGAGACAAUUAACCGGUUUGUUCCACUAGGUCUUGCACUAGGUGUUCAGCAUUCAAGCCGGUCAGAUUGCUGAUACAGCCUUGGGAUUGUGGAUAGGUAGAAAAUGAGACGAGGGAGGCAGUCUGGCAGAGCCAGUACGAGCGCUGCUGCUGCAUCCACGGGAAACAGCAGCGAUUCUGGAGAGCAAUGGGAGCCUCAACCCAGCACUUCACGGGCGGGCGUCAUCGCCCCCGAUGACGAGGCCAGCUCUGACGGCGUCGGCGCCGACUACCAGCUCAUGUCCCCGCGGCCCUCCUCGGCUGUGUACUCGCCGUCCGGAGGAUACGGCUCUCCCUCGGCCGGCGCCGGGUCUGAGGCCGAGCCGCACAGGACCUGGCCGAUGCUGAGCGGGCGUCGGUCGGGCGUCGGCGGCAGCGGCCCCGUCUCCCCGUCCGGCAGCGACCUGCUGUGUCCGCCGGACCUGCAGCCGAUGGCACUGAGCCCUCUGCCGGGACCGUCCGGCGCGCAGGACCCCAUGGCGCAGCCCGUCUAUCAGGCCGACACGGGCGGCGUGCUGCUGCGGUCGCCGCCGGCCGACAGCUACCUGGUGUCCUCGUCUACCGGCGCACUGGACGGGCACGGCGCCGACAGCUCAGACGCGCCGCCACCAACCCCGGGCAUGUCGGCUAUGAUCGACUCUACCGUGGACGACCCCGAGUCGGUGGCUGCUGCGCCCAUGGAGGAGUCGGAGACGGAGGACGAGCCUGAUGACGGUAUCAGCGGCGGACCGGCUGGGAACCAGCAGCUACACCUGGCCGAUAACUCGGCCCCGGGGCCGUCUGGAGCGAGCACCGAGCCGGGUCCAUCAGACGACAGAGGUCUGCAUUCGCCGCCGAGCGACCAGCACCUAGUGACAGAGGCCGUGGUCGUCGAGCCGAUGGACGAGACUUAUGAGACGGACGCGGGCGGCUCUGCGCUGGUGGUGUACGAAUACCUGGACGACCUCCCCGCGGACGACCAGCACCCGGCUGAUCCGGCCGGAGAGCCCGGACCGGCGUCAGCCCCGGCCGAGACGCGGCACAGACGACCGUCAGAAGCCGACCAGGACUCGCUGAGACUGGAGCCUGACGAACGGGAGGCACUGCGGCGUGAGAGAGCGGAAAGCAGGCUAGGAUCGCGGCGCCGACCGGAGCCGCCGCUGCUGAGACUGGCUCGGCCAAAUCACCACCAGCAGCAGCAACCCCAGCACCAGGAACAACAACAGGAACAAGCUGAGCUCAGUGACAGCCCACACCGCCAGCUCAAGGUGCCACCCGAUGAUGACCUGGACGAGGACCCACUGCUGACCGACCAGCGAGCCGCACUGGUACCUCUCCCUCCCGACUCCGACUCUGACCAGGAGGCGGCUGAUGGCGGCUCUCAGUCUCCACCUCUCCGCCUCCACAUGGAGUGUGACAGCGACGAGCCACUCCUAGAGCUCCACAGCGGCCAGCAGGACCUGUUUGAGCGCGAGGCAGACCUCUCAGAGAUGGGCUCCGAGGACGGUGUGGAUGGGCACGCGGUGAUUCUGGCCGGAGAGGCGCAGUACCGGCUCUCGGAAACGGAGGAGGAAGGGGAUUCGGGCGACCAGCCGCUGACGGAGGAAAGGCAGACAGAGCCGGAGGCGGCGGGCUCCAGCGGUGCGGCCGGUAUCCGCCCGGCCGACCUAGCCCAGCUGCCGUUCAUCUACCUGACUGACGGCCUGGACAUCGGGCUCGGCUCCGAGGGCGGCAGCGCCGACCCGGCCGGCUCCCACCUGCUGGUCCAAGUGCCGCCCGCCUACGAGCGGCCGCAGAACGCCCACCAAAACGACUUCUGGUGCGAGGAGUGCUGCGCCUACUACCGGGGCCGCUGUCCCGACCACCAGGUUCGCCUCAUCAGUGACCGACCGAUGCAGAGCCGCGCCUGGGCCUCCCUGCCCACCAGCCACCUGGCCAUACGGGCCGUGGGCAACGCCGACGAGCAGCAGGGCGAAACCGUGUACGGCGUCAUUGCCAAGAAGACGAUCCCAAAGCGAACCCAGUUCGGCCCCAUGGAGGGGAUAUUGGUUCGCCGGGACCGUGGCUCUCUGCCGCCCAACCCCACUGGCCUGGUGCUCAGCGUGGACCACAGUGGACAGCUCCACACGGUGGACGUCUCAAACCCAGACUGCAGCAACUGGAUGCGUUUCGUGCGCCGCGCUGAGACGGCCGAGCAGCAGAACCUGGUGUUGAACCAGCAGGGCUCGCAUCUGUUCCUCACCAGCAGCCGCGUGAUCGCACCGCGCGAGGAACUGCGCGCCGGCUACAGCCUGCCGUACGCCGCCAGACGAGGACUCGCCAUGCUAGUCGCUAAACCGGAAGUGACUGUAGAGGCGGGGACCUCCAGUGGCGACGGAACGCCCGAGGAUGGCAGCUCCUCGAAUGAUGCCGGCGGCGCUGGGAAGGAGGAGCCCGAUGAAGUCAGCGCCCAGGCGGAGCAGCACCAAGUGGACGCGGAUGAUCAUGAUGAUCCGGACUGGCCGCUGACGUGCGAGGGCUGCGGCCGCUGCUUUGUCAAUCUGUCCGCCCUGGAGGAGCACGACUGCGAACACCCACAGGACGAGGAUGAGGAGGGGCCCGAGCCCGAGGACUCGUCCCCGCAGCGGCGGCCGCCACCGCCUCCUCAGACCCCGCAGCCGCAGAGUCGCAUCCCGGCGCGGGGCCGGCCGCCCAAGAACCCGCGCCAGCCGCCCAAACGGGCCGAGGCCAGUCGACAGAACGCCGAUAGGUGGAUUUGCCAGUAUUGCCCGCUGAGUUUCGAGUCAGCCUCCACCCUCAACCUGCACACGCUGGCCCACGCCGCCGAGGACCUGGAGGAUUCGGCGCCGACCGCCGACGAGCCCCUCCACUGCCCGGAGUGUAACAAGGAGUUUGUGUCUCGGGACGAAUUAAUCACCCACGUGGCCUCUCACGGCACUGAGCCUGAGAGAGCCGCCGAGGAGGACGUCUACAUUGACCCGAUAGACGAGAACCGACCCUACCGGUGCCACCCCUGCGGACGGAGCUUCACUCAUGAGGAGUGGCUCAAGCGCCACCUGCAGUCCCACAUUCCUGACGAGGAGAAGCCACUGGCGUGUGGAACCUGUGACCGGCGCUUCGCCAGCGUCACGGCGCUACAGUGCCACCGGCGCGUACACUCGGCAGCGGCGCGGCGCUUCCAGUGUCCCCUCUGCCGGGCCAUGUUCGAGCAGGUCACCGCGCUUCGGCAGCACGUCAGGACGCAUGCGACCAACGGCAAGUACAUCUGCCCACACUGUGAGAAGACGUUCGACGGGUAUAUGACCAUCCGAAAACACAUCCGGUCGUUCCACAACGAACGGGUGUUCGUCUGCUCGCUCUGCUACAAACUCUGCCAGUCCACCGAUAAACUCAAACAGCACAUGCUCAAGCACUCAGACCACCGCGAGUUCCUGUGCUCCGAGUGUGGGAAGCAGUUCAAGCGGAAGGACAAGCUGAAGGAGCACAUCAAGCGGCUACACUCGGUAGAUCGGAAACCGCCUCCCGAGCGGAAACCGCGAAAAAAGAAAAAGGCCCCGAAGGAAACACAAUUACAGCCAAAGGUGCCUCCCACCGACUACCACCGCUUCAUCUACAAGUGUCACAAGUGCAAACUGGGCUUCAAGCGGCGCGGCAUGCUGGUUAACCACCUGGCAAAGCGACACCCAGGCAUGGGACCCGAACAGGUACCGGAGCUCAUGCUUCCAAUCCUCAAAACGACCAAAGACUUUUACUGCCAGUACUGCUACAAGACCUACAAGAGCAGCUCGAAGCGGAAGGCGCACAUCCUGAAGAUCCACCCCGGCGCAGAGCUGCCUGUCAGCUGCCGAGGUGCGGCCAGGCUUCCACUGGGUGACAGCGCGGACCAGACCAGCUACUCUCAGACGGUCGGCAGCGUCACGAUGUCGCCACACGCUUGCAGCUGGUGUCACAAACAGUACGCGUCGCGCGCCAAGCUGCUGCAGCACCAGCGCAGCAAACAUCCCGACCUGAUGCCCACCGAUAGCCAGAAACCGCGCCAGACGUCCCGCACCAGCAGUCGGAGGGCAGCGGCCAGAGCCGAGCUUGCCGCCGAGAUGGAGUCAUCAGAGAGUGAGGACGCCAUCCUGUCUGUGGCCGCCGAGGAGCCUCCCGCCCCCACCCCGGCCUCCGCCGCGCCUGUGUCUCUGGCAGCCGCUGUCCCUGUGCCGGUACCGGUGCCUCUGGCGGGACCGGUAUCGGUGGUGGCCCCGGCCGAGCUGCACGCCGCCCAGCCACUGCUGGUGCAGGCCGCCCACCCGGCGCUCAUUCAGGAAGCCGGACAGCUGGAACAGGCCGAUCUCCUCGGUGCCGGUAUGGAACUCCACUCGCUCGACUACCGACUCUGCCAGCCGGCAGGCGCCGCGACCUCCGGUGAGCUGUGUCGGGUGUGGACGGUCCACAGCACCAGGUAAUGCAGGCCUGUCCGGCUAGUGGCUGCAGCUUAACGAUGAGCAGUGAGGCUGGUGGGAUUUGUGUUAGCUGGCUAGACGCUACAGAUCUGGCACACACUGGCGGAGAAAUGUGCGGAGAUCUUCAAGUGUCGCUGGUCCGUCUGCCGUCUCAAUUUUCUGAGAAUCACAGCUAGAUUGGGGACCCUACAACGGGGCUGUUCGGUGCAAUCCUCAAACAAAGGAUGAAGACGAAGGUGAAGUGGAGCGCUCUGCGUCUGCGAGGGGGUCUCACUCAGCAGGCGUUGCCUCUUACUGAAGGUCCAGCCCGAUUCGAAGUGGGAAAUGGAAACAGUCAGUUACUGGACUCACUCGAUCGUAACCACUGCCGAUGGGUUUCGAUUGUUGGUGCCUAUCGGGACACCGAGGCACACAGACGGACACUCAGUCACACACCUCGCCCUGUGCUCAGUUCUCGAUGCUCGGUUAGGCCGAGUAACUUUUUUUGGCGGUUAGGGAGAGUGGGCCCCAUAUUAUCAGGUCUCAGUGAGAUUAUUCGACACGACUAAAGGCAUUUUUGACAGUUUCGAUUGAGAGUGGCUGCUCCAAAUUUUGUUCUUUGUCGGCUUCUUUUUAUCAUUUUUCUCAUCCGUGCAUUGGUGAUACAAUUUACUAUCAUUUGUCCAGAGCAAUGAUAGAGGAGCGGUGAUGGGGGCCGCAACGUGACCAAUGACCAUGACUGUAGUUAGGCGAUAAUGAUAUGGCGAUCAGUGAUAUGUGUGAACAGAGGUGGUUUCGGAUCUCCUUUCUGGCCGUACAAACGUACCAACUCGGUCUCGGUCACUCAAAUAUACAUACUGCAUGCAUGACGUGUUAGCUGAUUUUGAGUCAAUGUGUUUAUGUGACUGUCUUGUCUGAUUUGACUUAAUGUGUUUGGCCAAGUGUAGUGGCCAGUGCUCCCUGUGUACGACGUGAAUCAACUUACGCGUCACGAUGGGAAGCUAUGGUGUCCUGUGUCUUAUUUUGUUGUGUCCGACAUGGCAGUCACGUUAUGGUAACUGCCCUGCGAUAUAUUGUGUGGGAAGAUAGAAAGGUAUCUGUCUGUGUCUAUGCGAGGUCAUUUGUUUUCUACUGCCAGCUUAUUUGGUGUGUUGUUUGUCCCAAAUGCAACUGUGAAAAUAUACCGGAUGACUACGAGCAUCCCUGUGCCGGACAA